CAGCCCUUCAGCUAAAGCCAAUUACUUACCCAGCCACCUAGAGAUUACAAGGAAGAGCACCUUGAGGUGAAACAAAGGAGAGAAGAGGAGGAUGGCAAUGAAAAGGCUUUGGCUGUUCAUUUUCAGUGCGAUUCUGGUGACUGCUCAUGCCCUCACUGUGGAAACACCCGACAAGGAGAUAAAGGUGGCACGAGGGAACAAUGCUACCCUCCACUGUCACUUCAAAUCGGAUGCUUCUAUUUUCGACGGAGAUGUUGUUAUCUGGAGAAAAAUCAACAGCCUGGAUGAUGCUGUCAUUAGGUAUUUUGAUGGACUUACACAGUACGGCAAAGGCUAUGAAAACCGUAUACGGUUUAGUGGUGAUGUAAACAACGGGGACAUCAGUAUCAUCAUUAAUGAAGUGACCAUGGAAGACAAUGGGACAUACACAUGCAACGUUCGUCUAAGGAAUGACCCCCCUAGGCAGACCGCAACCAUGGCUGUUUUUGUCCUUGUUGCACCAUCCAAGCCAGAAUGCAAGAUUUUGGGGACAGCAGAAUAUGGACAGACAAUCAAUCUGACCUGCGUUUCUCACGAGGGCUCCCCAAAGCCCAAAUAUACCUGGCGAAGCUUCAACGUACAAAAUGAGCCCCGUGUAUUACAAACAACAGAAGGAGAAAAAAUAACUCUGAAGAACAUCUCAGCAGAUACCUCUGGCUUUUACAUCUGCACUUCAACAAACAUCGUGGGAACGGAAUUUUGCAACAUGACAGUCAGCGUUAUGCCACCAUCCAUGAACCUAGGUCUUUACAUUGGCAUCAUUGCUGGAGCUGUUGCUGCAAUUGCAAUUAUUAGUGUUUUAGCCUAUUUCUGCUGUUGUCGGUCAGAUGACAAGAACAAGGCCUACGAGAUGGCGGAGAGAGAAGACAGGCACGAACCCUCCACGGAGAUGCCUGCAAGGAAUCAGAGAGCAGAGGAAGAGCAGAGGAGUGCUGAAGAUGCAUGAAGAAGGAGGAGGCCAAUGCCAUCUUCGGGAUUUGCUAAGGCACAGAUACCACUGUAGAAAAGAAAUUAAUCCCUCGUUCUUACUGAGAGAAGGUUUAUUUGAAUAAUAAAAUGAAAGCUAAUGGCCCUGCCUUCAAGUUCUGGAAGAGAAUAUCCUUGUCUCCCUAGAAAGAAGUGCCUAACGUACAAUGAGUACUAAUA